ACGUCACAUCAAUGCGCCAAUGUGUGUUUCUCUCAUGUCCCCAUGCUGUUUCGUUCAGCUGUGUUCGUAAUCGUGGAUUUAUUCUUCAUUUGACCAAUAUGACAGGAGAACGUGCAUCUGUUUUUCCUUCCAAGAAAAAGACAGAGAAGAAAAGUGACACACAGGAUCCUGUUAAAAAUUUUGAGAAAUGGAAGAAAAAAUACACCAAAACAAAAGUCCGGGUUAAACGUGAGAAAAAACGAAAUAAAAAGCCCGAUUGGCAGAUCGAACGGGAUAACAUAAAGAGGCUGGUGGAUAAAUACUCGGAGAUAAAUGUUAAGGAUGCUGUGAAGUUCUCAGAUUUUCCUCUGUCAAAGAAGACACUGAAAGGGUUGCUGGAGAUGCAGUAUCGACAGCCUACAGAAAUCCAAAGGCAGACCGUUGGGUUUGCCCUGCAGGGGAAAGAUGUGCUAGGCGCCGCUAAAACCGGUUCAGGAAAGACACUGGCAUUCCUCAUCCCUGUGCUGGAGUGCCUGUACCGGCAGCAGUGGAUGGCGGAGGACGGGCUUGGUGCCCUCAUCAUUUCGCCCACGCGGGAGCUGGCCUACCAGACCUUCGAGGUGCUGCGCAAAGUGGGCAAGAACCACGAGUUCUCCGCCGGACUCAUCAUCGGAGGGAAGGAUCUGCAGCACGAAUCGGAGAGGAUCCACCGCACGAACAUCAUCAUCUGCACCCCAGGGCGCCUGCUCCAGCACAUGGACGAGACCUCCACCUUCCACGCCUCCAACCUGCAGAUCCUGGUUCUGGACGAAGCGGACCGGAUUCUGGACAUGGGCUUCGCCGACACCAUGAACGCCAUCGUGGAGAACCUUCCGAAUACCCGCCAGACCCUCCUCUUCUCCGCCACGCAAACGAAAUCGGUGAAAGACCUGGCCCGGCUCAGCCUGAAGGACCCCGAGUACGUCUGGGUCCACGAGAAGGCCAAGUUCAGCACUCCGGCUACCCUGGAGCAGAACUAUGUGGUGUGUGAGCUGCAGCAGAAAGUCAACAUGCUCUUCUCCUUCAUGAAGAGCCACCUGCAGAAGAAAGUCAUCGUCUUCUUCGCCUGCUGCAAGGAGGUGCAGUACCUGUUCCGGGUGUUCUGCCGCCUGCGCCCGGGCCUCCCCAUCCUGGCGCUGCACGGGAAGCAGCAGCAGAUGAAGAGGAUGGAGGUCUACAACGACUUCAUCCGCAAGAAGGCCGCCGUGCUCUUCGCCACCGACAUCGCGGCCCGGGGCCUGGACUUCCCUGCGGUGAACUGGGUCCUACAGUUUGACUGCCCAGAAGAUGCCAACACCUACAUCCACAGAGUGGGACGAACUGCCAGGUACAAGGAGGGCGGGGAGGCCCUGCUGGUGCUUCUGCCCUCGGAGGAGAAGGGGAUGAUAGCACAGCUUCAGGAGAGAAAGGUCCCCAUCAACAAGAUCCAGGUGAACCCGGAGAAGCUGAACAGCGUGCAGCAGAAGCUGGAGGCCUUCCUGGCCCAGGAGAAGGAGCAGAAGGAGCGGGCUCAGAGGUGCUUUGUCUCCUACCUGCGCUCGGUCUACCUGAUGAAGAAUAAAGACGUCUUUGAUGUGUUCCAGCUGCCUCUGGAGGAGUACGCGGGUUCACUGGGUCUAGCCGUCGCUCCACGGGUGCGUUUCCUUAACAACGCCAGGAAGCUGAGGGAGGGGGGUGAGGCUGGCCCGGGAGGGGCGCAGGGCGACGAAUCGGACCAAGAGCUGCGGAGCUUCCGGGCGCAGAUCAGAGGUGAAAAAAACACCCCUGCUCCAGGGAAGGGGACCACCGAAUCCCAGGAUGAACCCAGCGAGGAAGAGGACGGAGAGGAAGAGUCUGGAUCAGAGGAGGAAGAGGAGUCUGGCGAUUCGGAGGAGGAGGAGGAGGGCGCUGUGGACGGGCCUGCACGCCUGUCUCUCGCCCCCGAUGGAGACGAGGAGGAGGAGGAGGACCUGAGGGACGUGGACUUGCUGACGGUCAAGCGGAGAGACAUCUUCCAACUGGAGGAGGAAGAUGACGAUGACCAGGAGAGCGCUGAAAAUGCCAAGAAAAAGACGGAAAAAGAGUCCAGGUUCAAAGAAGCCAAGAAAGCCCUGAAGAGAAACUUCAAAGUCAACACCAAGAUGACCUUCACUGAAGACGGGGAGGUGGUGCAGCAGUGGCCCCCGCUCCAGAGGACGGCCGCGCCAGCUGGCCAGGAGGAGGAGGAGGACGGCGGGGUGUCCGGCAUCAACGUGGAGGAGGCGCGGGAGCGGCUCCGGAGGGAGGACCAGGAGGUCGACAAGCUGGAGUACAGCCGCAAAGUGAAGCAGAAGCACAGGGAGAAACGUCUGAAGGAGAAAGCCGAAAGGAGAGAGGCCAGUAAGCGGCAGAAAGAGGAGCAGAAAAGAGAGUCCGACAGCGAGGAAGAGGAGGAGGAGGCGGUGGCCUACCUGGACCGCGGCGACGGCGAGGAAGAGUUUGACCCCAGCUCUCUGCCCGACCCGGACAAGCACGUGGAUUCCGAGCCGGAAGACCAGAACAGAGAGGCUUCUGGGAAGGGAGCGAGGAAGAGGAGCUACAGUGAGAGCAGCAGCGAGUCUGAUCCAGAGGGCCUUGCCGCGGGCAGGAAGAGGACCAGGAAGGCGGGCGCCACGGAAACGGCGGCUCAGCCCUUGGACACCGGCCUCUCAUUGGCCGAGGACGAGGAGCUGGUGCUCCAUUUGCUGAGCCACAGAAGCUAGUGGUGUUGGGUGGACAAUGUUUUCUGGGUUACUUUUUAGUUUUUUGUUGUUUUUUAUUCCCACAUUUUUGCUCAUUUUGUUUUUCCUGUAGAACAAAGAAAGUGUGUUAACGGUAUCUCUGUCACCAGUUACCAUGAAGGAGACGUGUAAUAAAAAUGCAAUAUGUAUCCAGUGUCAAAAACAA